AUGGCAGGUUCUGUGUCACAGUCUGGACCAGGACGGAAAGGUGAGACCAAAGACACAAAGGUGGGUGCUGAAGCCUCUGUCUCCGCUGCUGCAGCCCUCAGACCUUUCGCACCAUCGCCCGGCCCCCCCCAGGUCGACGCCCCCGACCCGGACUCCGACGACUCGGUCUUCACCUCCGACGGCAUCUCAGUCGGUCGCAGCCAUUCGUCGGUGUUUGUCUCCUCCCGUCAGGUUGAAACUCCUGUAGAUGUGGUGGUCCAGGCCCGGCAGGUCGCCGUCUCACAGGACGGGGGCAGCUACCAGCGACGAGUGGCACCCCCAGCAGCCCCAGCAAUCCCAGCAGCCCCUGCAGCAGCUCCGGCUUCCCACUGCGGCUUCUACUCGUUCGUGGAGGAACCGACGAGUCCAGAAGCUGAGCGGAACGAGGCGUGGAUGGUUUCGCCGCAACGUCAGGCCAAGCUGGCGACUCUGAAGGAGGAGAAGGACUUCAACUCCAGACCUCAUCCAGCAACCGGAAACCAGAGGAGUCUGUUCCAGGACAGCAACGGAGACUCCCGCUACAAAGUGAACCGGAGAACGGCGUGGAAGUGGUUGGACCGAGAAGAGGAGACGCAGCUUCGGCAGAUAAUCCGCAGCCAAGCGCCGAAGAAGAACCCGAUAUCUGAUGAGAAUCUGGACUCGAGUAGGUCUACUAAACAGACUGACGAAGGUCUCAGUCUGUCCUACGGUCCUGUCCACUCCAAACCUGAAGCUCCUCGUCCAGCUGAAUCUGGGACCAUCAACCAGGAGCAGAUCAACUUCAACGCGGCACGGCAACAGUUUGUGAAGAUGGAGCAGGAAAAGCGCAACGCGAUCAUCCAACCUCUGAGGAUCAAAUCACACCUGAGCUCGUCGCUGCUGCCACGUGGUGAAGUUUCGUCGCGGCGGCAGGUGGAAGCAGACGACGCAUCGAGGAAGGUGACGGUCUAUCCGGCCGAGGAGAGUCUGAGCCGACAGAGCAGUGUGUUCGACGACCUGGACUCCUGUCUGGAUGUAGGCGGAGGAUACAACAGCGACGAAGGGUUAUCAGCUGAGAAGACCCAGACCGAGAACCCCGUGGAAAAAGAAAUCAGGUUGGCUCAGGAGCGUGAGGAGGUCCUGCGACGCUCACGAGGUCUGAAGCACAACAGAGAAGAGAUGGUCCAGAUCAAAACCAGACGUUUGACGCUGACGCCCGUCAAAGUCAAAGACAAGAGCAGAGUGAGUUUGCAUGUUCCAGCAGGAGAACAAGAGGAAGGAGGACCUUCAGGAGGCCAGAUCUGUCUUCUUCCAGUUCUGCGACAGUCCAGUCGAGAUCCUCCACAUGAUGAGGUGGACAUGGACCUGAAGACAGAGGACAGACCCAGAUCUGAGUCCGGGGACGGAGACGCCUUCCCACUGCCCUGCUGUCCUCACCGACACCCUGAAGGCACUGAUUCCUCCUUCAACUCCAGGGUCCUGGCCAGAACCACCUCCUCUUCCUCCUCGUCCUCGUCCACCUACUCAAUGCCAACUUCGGCCACGCCUCAGUCCUGGAGGGAGACCCUGGAGACCACCGGCCUCCAGUCCAGAACCCAGGGAGGUCUGGACUUCAUUGAGAAGGAGAUCGAGGAGGACCUGAGGAUGGAGCAGGAGCUGAGAGAGCUGAGGGAGUCCAGGGAGGAGGACCAGCCAGGCACCUCCUCACCUGCUCCUCUGGUGGAACAGGCCAACAAGAUGGUGAUCAGCCAGUUCUACCCCCCCAUAAACCCGAACCCAGUCUGUCCUGGUCGUCCCCCCCGGCCCGUGGCCCGUCAGCCCUCCGUCGCCUUGGUAACGGCUCAGCCCUGGUCCCCCUCACUGUCCCCGUCCUCUCCUCGCCCCUCCCCCUGCCCCUCCCCCUGGUCCGCCUCACUUCCUGUCCGAGGUCUGACUGAGACUCUGUUGCAGGACUUUGAGGACAGACGAGCGAAGCUGAAGUUGGAAGACAGCGCGUACGCAGGAAUCCAGCCCAUAGAUGACGUCAACAAUGAGGUGGUGGAAUCCACUCGUGUCGUCCGACAUAAGAACCAACGCGCCCUCCAAUGGGAGGCUGGCGUCUUCGCCAACCAGCAGGACCAGUGACUCCGCCCCCACACCUGCAGAGGGCGCUGUGGCGCUGCUGCUUCACUGUCCACCUCCAUCAGAUUUUUCUUCUUUUUGCUCAGUUUAAAAUGGUUUUAAAACCGAGCAUCAGUCCAGGAAAAGGGCUUCUGUGAUUGGCCUCUCAGAUGGAAACCCCUCCCCUCGUCCAAUCACCUUCCAGCUGCUGUUUCAGAUUCACGUAGAACACGAACCGAGGCUGAAACUGUGUGUUUGAUGUGACGGACAGAGCAGAACAGGAAGUGAUGGUUGACUUCAUGAUUUCAAAUGUAUGAAACUGAAAGUGACACGUAGAAUAAAAAUAAAACUUUUUCAAACUG